ACAGGCGGCAGUGGGUGCGCACCAGCUCCCGGAGGCCACGGAGGCCGGGGUUAGGGGGGCCGAGCCGCGCAGCCUUGUGGAGUAGCUGGUCAGCAUCCGCCGGCGCCUCUGGUCUCUGAAGGAGCAGCUGCAGCUGGAGGGAUAUUAGAAAUGGCUACUCCCCAGUCAGUUUUCAUCUUUGCAAUCUGCAUUUUAAUGAUAACCGAAUUAAUUUUGGCCUCAAAAAGUUACUAUGAUAUCUUAGGUGUGCCAAAGUCAGCAUCAGAGCGCCAAAUCAAGAAGGCCUUUCACAAGUUGGCCAUGAAGUACCAUCCUGAUAAAAAUAAGAGUCCUGAUGCUGAAGCAAAAUUCAGAGAGAUUGCAGAAGCAUAUGAAACACUCUCAGAUGCUAAUAGGCGAAAAGAAUAUGAUACGCUUGGACAUAGUGCUUUUACUAAUGGUAAAGGACAAAGAGCUAGUGGAAGUCCUUUUGAGCAGUCGUUUAACUUCAAUUUUGAUGACUUAUUUAAAGACUUUGGUUUUUUUGGUCAAAACCAAAACACUUGGUCCAAGAAGCAUUUUGAAAAUCACUUCCAGGCACGCCAGGAUGGUUCCAGUAGACAAAGGCACCAUUUCCAGGAGUUUUCUUUUGGAGGUGGGUUGUUUGAUGACAUGUUUGAAGAUAUGGAGAAAAUGUUUUCUUUUAGUGGUUUUGACACCACCACCAAUCGACAUACAGUACAGACUGAAAAUAGCUUCCAUGGAUCUAGCAAGCACUGUAGGACUGUCACUCAACGAAAAGGAAAUAUGGUUACUACAUACACUGACUGUUCAGGGCAGUAGUUUGUCCUUUUUCUGUUCUCUUUAAACCCAACUAGUUGACUCUUCUUCAAUAUCUUUGAUGCAGAACCAAUUUUUUGUGAACUAUUUUGACAAGUGCAUGAUUUCACUUAACUUGAUAUAGCUAUCAAAUAUAUUUAAACUGUUUUUGAGAAAUUCAGCAACAUUCAGUUAGUAGAGAAAUAGCUAAUUAUUAAUUUCCCUGAUUAGGCAAGGUUCUUUAAAAAAUAUUAUAAUUCUGCCUGGUCUUUUUUCUCUACCUGCCCUUGGGCUUAUUAACAUGACCAGUUUUAUUACCAAGGAAAAAAUGAAUUUGCCUGAUAAAUAUUUAAAGGUUAAAUUUUAAAAGUUAUUGUAGAUUUAAAUUGUGUGAACUUGAAUGAUUUUUUUGCAGUGAAACCUUUGCUAAUUUAAAAUUGCAUGCUCUGUAGCAUCUCUGACUUGGGUCGCAAAAUGUAUGUGAAACUGUAUAAUUGAGUCAUUCAGCAAAGGAUAGCAAGCAGUAUCUUGGUUAAUUUCCACUGAAAGCUUCAGAAAGGUAUGGUUUAAUAUUUUUAUCAGAGAACCAUGCAGAAGAAUUUGAGUAAAGGAAAUGAUUGUAUUGCUCAUAGUCAUUUAGACUCAAAGAAAGUUGAAAACUUAACAUUGCCCAGAGUUUGUUACGUGUUUGGUCCCUGGCUAAUGAUUUUGUAGUGUUGAAAUCAUAGCUAUUUUACACAUCUUUUCACAUUUCUUUCUUAAUUGUUAACGCUUUAGGUCUUAGUAUGGAUUUACGUAUUUGUGUGUGUGUGUGGUUUUUCUUCUUUGCCCUCAUCUUUAGAGAUUGACUAAUACCUCAUUCUGUUCAUAAAAACAGCCAGUAAUUUCUGUGCAACCUUAUUAUGUGCAAUAUUUUUAAAUCCUAAGAAAUGUGUGCUUUUGUUUUCAGAUAGACUUAUUUCUUUAGUUCCGCACUUUUCCGUGUUAUACUCCACAUGAGUAUUAAUCCUAUGGAUACAUAUUAAAACUAGUAAAUAUCUCAUACACCUUUGUGAGUGAGAGAAAUAUAAUAUUUACAAUAUGAUGUUCUCUGUUGUCAUUUUAUUGUUAAAAGUUUAUUCAGCAGUUCUGGAGACAGGGAGGGUAUAUAAGCAAUUGGGCUGCUUAUACUGAUUGUAGACCAUAUUCUAGAAGUUACUUUUCACUAACCUGAAACCCUGAGGUGACCUUGUUAGACUGCCGUUUAGUAAUUUCUCUUGCUUUCUUAUCGUCCUCCAUCCUCCUUCCCUCACAGAUUUUGGUAGCUUGAAGAUUUUGUUAAUUAUAAUUUUGGUGUAUUUGCUUGCUAGGAGCAAGUAUUCUUGCCCCUGUUGCUUUCCUCUUUAGGCCUGGUUGGGAAAAAGCAGACUUUGCAUGAAGCUGUAUUUGUUAGUGAUCAUCUUUAAUUUGAAAUCUGUGAAGAAAAUGAAUUUAUUCUGUUAUAUUUAUGUACCUUAAUUAUUUCCUGAAAGUUAUAUCUACUAAUUUUGUUUGAUAAUAAGAAAAUAGCCAUACAUU